AUAAGUACAGUUAUUAUGUGUUCCUGAAAUCUGCAUUUCUGAGCUUUGAAAGUCAGAGCUGGGAUGACUUUCCUGGCCCCGUGACUCCCAGCACACGGUGAUGGUACUGAGCCAUGGCAGGGAGCUCAGCCACAGGAAGAGCUGAGGCAGCAGCGGGAUGGUCGGCAGGAGAGUCCUUGGCCUAAUCCCUGCACUGACCCUGACAACCUCUGAGGCCUUGGGUAAAUCUUCUGGGGGGGUGCAGGAAUGGUUCCACUGGGCUCCCAGCCCUGCAGGGGUUUUCUGUUGUUCUCUUGCACUUCUCUUUUGGUGGGUUGGAAAAUCUGAAGUGGUUUUCCCCAAUUUGGCUGCUACUCAUGAUGAGAAAGGGGCUUUUCUCUGGAUGGAGCAGGUGGGCUUGAUCAAGACCUUUGAAAGCCACCACGAGGUUCUGUGUGCAGAGAUGGUUUCCAGAGCAGGAGAUGGAGCAGAGCCCGGCCCAUCCACAGCACCAGUGUGGUGCUCUGCCCCAGUGCCACUGCCCAGCCCAUGUCCUUGGGGAGCUGUGUCCUGUCCCCCAGCUAAGAUGGCAUUAUCCCAGCCCCAGCACUCUCCCAAGCAGAUUAGCUGUAAGACCUUAAGACAAAACAGCAGCUACAGACCCCACACUGCACACUGCUGAGGAUGCCUGCCCUGAAGACCCUGCUGGCCCUGGCCAUCGUCACAUCCCUGGCUGGAGAGAGUAAGUGUCCCCUGGCUCCAGGCAGCACAAGGUUGGGUAAAUCACUGUAGCUGCUCUUGUGCUUGCUGCUGCCCCGUCCCUGUCACCUGCCUCGGGCCCCUGCCCCACGCUGCUCCCACCCUGCAGGAAAAUGAUUUUUUGGGGAGGAGGGUGGCUUUCUCCUCUGCGUAGCACCAAGAGAAGCCCCCUGUCCCUUGCCUCUCUGCCACUGGCACAAAGCCCAGGCGUGCUGUGCCCAGCAGGGAGCACAGAGUCUCUGGUCUCCGGCUCUGAUGGAGGCUCCUGAGCCAAAACCCUGCAGCUUCUCUUGGCUAGAGCUGUUUCCCUGCUAACCCCUGGUUCCUCCAAGGCAUAAUCACAAAAAGCCAUUGUAAAAUGUAGGGGGGUGGCUGCACUGCUCAGAGCAAUGCCAUGGAGUCAGGGCAGCUCUGGACACUUUCAGGAUCUUUGGACCACGGCAAGAAGAACAGACUGUAUUUUUAGCUCAGGGCAGAUGAAAGGCUGUCCCGUGCUGUGGGGAACAGCAAAGGAGACACGGCACAGCCCAGCAGUGGAAGCCAGGUCAUUGUGGGUUCAUGGAAGGCGCUUACUGGCAUCUGACCCCAUGAAAUCCCAAUUUUCCCCAUUCAUGGGUUUUCUCUCCCUGGAAGCUCUGGGCCGAGCAGGUCCCGCUGCCACGAGAGGGCUCUGCUCUGUCAGCAAAGCAGAGACGAGUUUCACCUCCAGCACCAGCGCUGGUUUAUCCAGCCCCAUCAAAACCGAGGAUUCGUCAUUUCAGGCAGGAGCAGGAUCUUCAGGUUUGGGUUUUUCUGGGGUGUGUGUAUGCUUUGAGGGGGUCACACAGCUCUUGCACCACUACCAGCUCUGACGCACAGGAGAGAGGGGCUGGCUGCUGUCCAACCUGUCUGUGGACCUCCUUUAGGGACGAUCCGGAGAUGGCUCGUCCCUCCCGACUCACAUCUGCCUGGCACUUUACUGCCUGUCACCCUGCUUGUCCCCAGGCCACACCCUCACAGAAUGUGGGAGCUGCUCCCACAGGUUGCAUGGAUUCUCCCUUCUCCCUCACAAAAUAUUUAUUAAAAUGAAAUCUGGCACAAGAAAACAAAGAUCUAUGAUGGUUUUAAAAUAUUACACCUACCUAUUUUUACUGUAAAAGGAAUUCCAGGACUCUCAGGGAGUCUUUGCAGGGCAAGGACUCGGCAGAGCUCACCUGCCAAGUUUAGGUCUCAUCAUUUUGAGUCGCACUUGGAAGAGUUUUGCAUUAAUUUUGUGGACAGGUGAGGCCCCAUCCUGCAUCCUGCUUCACGCCAUGGCAGGGCUCACGGCUCGACUCUGUCUGGUGCCAGUCCUCACCUGUGACCUCCCCUGUCCCUGCACCGGGGGCCAGUGCAUCGCUGUCACUCCUUCUCCUCAUCUUCACCCAGGCAAGGCUCUGAAAUGCCACAAAUGUGUCGCAUCCAACGAGAACGACUGCAGCCAGCAGGGAUCGCACAGCUGCCCGCAGUUCGCCGACGCCUGCUCCACGAUCUCCGCGCCCAACAGCAUCAUUAAGUCCUGCUCCUACAAGUCCUUCUGUGACCAGGCGCGCCGCGGCGGCUCCGGCGGGGCCACCGUGCGCUGCUGCUUCAGCGAUGAGUGCAACGGGCCGGCGCGGGGCUCCCGGAACGGGGCGGCCCCGGUGCCGCCGCUGCCCGGUCUGCUGACCGCCGCUCUGGCCGGGACGCUGCUGCUGGGCCGGCCCUGAGCGGCUGCUCGCUGCUCUGGCCGAGGGAUGCUCCGUGGGACGGGUCCUACCGCCGCCAGUCCAAUAAACGCUGCCGCU